GCAAGACAGGGGGACAUGGGGUUCCAUGUUUGUUAUGGAUAAGUAACAAAGAAAGACGAUUGAGUUGAAGAAAUCGAUGAAGAUGACAACAAACAAACAAUUAAAGAAGAAGAACAACCCCAAGUUUAAUUUAUACUUGUGAUAACUUCUAUAUAUAGAUACACCAUACAUACAUAUACAAAUGGCAUCAUCCUUGUUUCAUUACACUACAACAACAACAACUACAUCUACACCUACACAACCUAUACAUACAACACCCCCAUUUAUUAAUCUUCGAAUAAACGCAAAUUUAGGGUCCAAUUCCACGCCUAAUUCGCCGUCCUCCUCUUCUUCAACUUGUUGCCACGGAUUUUCUUGGACUUUCUCUUCCUGUUUUGGACUGAACGGCAUCUGGAAACAUCAAAGUCUUAGAGCUCAAGCAAUGAGUACAAGUCAGCAUAAAAUUCAGGGGAAUUUUACAUCACCUAGCAGUGGCAAUGGGGUCAAAGAUGAUGAACCAGAUCAUCUUCUUGUUCUUGUUCACGGAAUCUAUGCAAGCCCUAGUGACUGGAGAUAUGUAGAGGCGGAGCUCAAAAGACGAUUGGGGAGACACUUUUUGAUAUACGCAAGCUCAUGUAACACUUACUCUAAGACCUUUACUGGAAUUGAUGGGGCUGGAAAGCGGUUAGCAGAUGAAGUAAAGCAAGUUGUGAAGAGUAGAGACAGCCUUAAGCGGAUAUCAUUUUUAGCCCAUUCGCUUGGGGGUUUGAUUGCAAGAUAUGCCAUUGGUGUUCUUUAUACUCGUAAUGCCCAUUCGAAUACGGAAAGAGCAGAUUCUACAUUGAAUUGUUCAGGUCAUGGAACGAUCGCUGGGUUAGAGGCGAUCAAUUUUAUAACCCUAGCGACACCACAUCUAGGAGUUAGAGGGAACAAACAGCUUCCAUUUCUUCUGGGUGUUCCCAUCUUAGAGAAAAUUGCUGCUCCAAUGGCUCCUAUCUUUGUUGGGCGAACAGGUAGUCAGCUCUUUCUUACUGAUGGAAAACCCGACAAACCGCCUUUGCUUUUGAGGAUGACUACAGAUUCUCAAGAGUGGGAUUUUAUAUCUGCGCUUGGUGCAUUUAGAUACCGUAUUCUGUAUGCCAAUGCUUCCUAUGAUCAUAUGGUUGGUCGGCGCACUUCCUCAAUCAGAAGGGAGUCAGAGCUGGUUAAGCCCCCUUUCCAGUCUUUGGAUGGCUAUAAACAUGUUGUGGAUGUUGAGUAUUGCCCGCCGGUACUAUCCUCGCGCUCCAGUUUUCCUCCCGAAGCAGCAAGAGCAAAAGAAGCUGCCCAAAAUGUACCUAAUACCCAAAACACCAUCCAAUAUCAUGAAAUCAUGGAAGAGGAAAUGAUUCGUGGGUUACAACAGCUGGGAUGGAAAAAAGUCGAUGUCAGUUUCCACGCAUCGCUUUGGCCAUUUUUCGCUCAUAACAACAUCCAUGUGAAAGAUGAAUGGUUUCAUAAAGCUGGAGCAGGAGUAGUUGCUCAUGUUGCAGACAGCAUCAAUCAGCAAGAAAAGCAGCACCAAACUUCUUCACUCAUCUCUGCCAAUUUAUAGUUAUGGCAAGUUUUACAAUCAUAUCAUGUUGUAAAAUUCAAAUAUAAAUAUAGAAAAUGACGGAGAUGGACCAUUUUACUAA